CCCAUUUCCCUGCCCACUCAGCUGCGUCACCGUGACAUGCAGGCUCAAAGAUGAGAAGAAUAAAUAUUUCGUCGUAACGCACUGCCUCUGCCUCAACAACAGUUUCGUCUUCUUUGGAGCCUCUGGAAAUGGAGGCUUUCCUCAAGCAGAAGCGUGGCAACGAUGCCGGACAGGGCGGCACCGCCAAAGUGAGAGGCGCAUCUGCAGGCGACUCGCACGACGACCUCGUGUUGCGCUUGCUGGCCGUCAUUUCGCAGCUCACCUUGAAGCGCGCCCUCGAGAUCCGCGAGCUGCAGGCCGCCACCUUCCGUGUCAUUCAUAUGCCGGUGAGUGCUCCAGCGGUGCAGGCCAUGAAGUCUGCGACAGCGCAGUUCGCCGAGGAGUCCCGCGCCGCCGCCGCUGGGAAAGGAACGGCGCCGGUCGGCGAGCCCCACGCCCACGCAUGGACGGCAUGGGUGAUGAACGCGGUGACCACGAAUGCCCUGGAGGAGCAGCAGAUGAAGCUUAUCUCGGCGCACGCGACUGCUAUGAAGACUCCCGACCACAUUCUCCCACACAUCUACGUCUGCAAGGUCAAGAAGGCGUUCGACAAAGGCCAUGUGAAGGUCUACCUCGCUACCAAGUCGACUCCAGACUGCCUGGCGCUGGCGGACGCCGCCAUCGGCCACCUCCUCAAGCAGGGCGGCAAGGAGAAGAGGGGCCAGGCCCCGCGCGGUGGUAACGAACGCUCCCUCCAGACUUUGUACGAUCAGUUGAAGGAGGUCGUCGGCGACAAGAGCAGCAUGACAGAUGUGGAAAAGGUGACCGGGUCCUACGCCAUUUUGGUCGUGCAUGUUCGUUCCCAGCUCGUGGUGGUAGA